AUGUGCAAGAGUUUAAAGAUCAUUAAUUUGUGUUUUGCGGAUGACCUGCUGGUUUUUUGCAAGGGUACUCUUCCGGCUGUGAGGAGUGUCAAGAGAGUUCUUGAUGAGUUUGCCAUUGCUUCUGGUUUGAGCAUUAACUCAGGAAAAUCUCAGAUUUUUUUCGGUGGUGUCUCUUUGAUGGAUAGAAUUCUUAUUUCUCAGGAAAUUAAUCUAGCUGUGGGUUCUUUUCCCCUUAGAUAUCUAGGGAUUCCUUUGAGGCCUACCAAAUGGAAUCAUACUGAUUGCGAGACUUUCAUUCAGAAAUUUAGAUUGAAAAUUCAGACUUGGGCUAGUAGGCACCUCUCUUUUGCUGGCAGGAUUCAGCUCAUAAACUCUGUUCUGCUUGGGCUUCGCAACUACUGGAUGUCGAUAUUCAUUCUGCCUCAAAGUGUGGUCAAGGAAGUUGAAAAGCUUAGUAGAGGGUUUCUGUGGGGAGUUUCUGGGCAGAGAAGCAAAUUGCAUCUCCCUUCCUGGCAAAAAGUUUGCCUUCCCAAAGCAUAUGGUGGAGUGGGGUUUCGAGAGGGUUCUCUUUGGAACCGAUCUGUGUUGACCAAGUAUAUUUGGGCCUUAGCUUUCAAACCUGAUUUACUUUGGGUUAAGUGGAUUAAUUCCAUUUAUUUGAAAGGUAAAAGCUUUUGGAAUUAUGAUUUAAAGGGGGACUGUAGUUGGUAUUGGAGGAAGCUUUGCCAUCUAAAGAAGCAUUUCAAUUUUGCUGCCAUUUCAGCUGCUGGUAUGAAGGGAAAGUUCCUGGCAUCGAAGUUAUAUAAUAGUCUCCUAAUUCAACAAAAGGAUGAGUAUUUUCGGAUAGUUUGGAGCAGAUUUAUUCUCCCUAAACACAGGUUCAUGUUAUGGCAAGUGAUUCACUCUCAGUUACUGACUAGGGAUAACCUCAAUAGGCUGCACAUCCCUUUGGUUUCUCUGAAGUGCCCGGUUUGUGAUGGCUUCCUUGAGACCCACGGCCACCUGUUCUUUGACUGUCACUUGUCUGCUAGGCUGGCUCAGCUGCUAUUUAUUUGGUUGGGUUUUGCAGCUUGGCCUUUGGAUUAUAAAGGCUGGCUGGUUUGGCUCUCUAGAGUUAGGAUCGGUACCAAGGCCAAUAUUGUCUCCAUGGUGUUUGCAGCUACAAUUUAUAGUAUAUGGACCAAUAGAAAUAGAUGUUAUUUUGAACGUUUUUCCUCUUCUGUUUGGAAGAUGGUUCAGUAUAUCAAAUUCAUUACUAAACAUAGAAUUUACUUAGCUACUAACAGAUAUAGAACAGCUAAAGAUCAAAUGUAUAUUCAGUAUCUCCUUUGUAAUUAG